GAGAUUUUGAUUCUUUUUCCAGAACGAAUAAGCAAGAAGAAGAAGAAGAUGUUGGAUAAAAAAAAAUCUUAUGCGACAAGAUUGACAGGAUUAAAGAAGAAAGUUCAUGAGUUCUCUACAUUAGUUGAUGUUGAUGCUUGUAUGCUUGUCUAUGGCGGACCUAAACAGAGGGGUUCUCAUCAUCGCCGUCGUGAUGAUCAGCCCGAGACAUUCCCUGAGAAUCGACGCGAUGUGAUUCGAAUUGUGAAUCGUUAUCUUGGUAUUCCUAAGGAAGAACGUGUUAAAAGACACGAAAAACUAUCUGAUGAUAAUGGAAAGAACAAGAUUGAAGAAGAAGAUGAUGAUAAUAAGGAUGAAUUAGUUAAUAACCAGAAAAGAGGUAAUGGGAGUAAUUCUGAUGGGUUAGAAUGGGAUGAUCAGUACGACAAGUUAAGUGCUGAUGAACUUCAACGGCUGAUUGACUCUGUGGAGUCCAAGAUUGGAAUUAUUGAUGAGAAAAUUCAGGUCAUGGAAAACCCUAGAAGUGGUGGAGUUUCUGAUCCUAGGGUUGUUGCUAAUGAUACAACUCAGGGAAUUAGUAAUAAUAAUAAUAAUAAUAGUAUGCUGAUGCAGAUGCAGAUGCAACCAAUAUAUGUUCUUCAACCUGCCUUCAAUCAGAAUCUUGCUGCUGCUAACAAUGGUUCUACUGGAAUGGUGCCAAUGGGGGUACCAAUGGGGAUGAUAAAUCCGAUGAGUACAGCUAACGGGGAGAAUGUACCGUAUCCCAUCAUUCCAAUGGUUCCAAUGAUGGCAGCCCGACCAACUGGAAGAGACAAUAUGGUUCCGAUGAUGGCAGUCCGACCAAGUGGAAGAGACAAUAAUAACCAGGAGGUAUAUGGAAAUCAUCAAGGCCAGCAAGUUGCGUAUUUUGUGCCUCAGGCUGGAAAUAACCAAGGGCAGCAGGUUGCGUAUAUUGUGCCACAGGCUGGAAAUAACCAAGGGCAGCAAGUUGGGUAUUUUGUGCCACAGGCUGGAAAUAACCAAGGGCAGCAGGUUGCAUAUAUUGUGCCGCAGGCAUUCGUCCAGCCAACGCCUUCGACGAGGUCGUUUAUACCAGAUUUGAUGCCUGGUGCUUCAGAUGCAUAAGAACAACCUUUUUGAUGAUUGUCAGGGUUCUUAGGCUGAGUACAAGACUAGUGAGUUCUCAAGUUCAUGCUGCAUGUUUUUCAACCUUGGAAACAUGUCAGGGGUUAGAGGUUUUAGCUUCUAUAUUUUUUUUGGUCUCAGAAAACACUUGUUCAAAGUUAUUCUAUAGAUGAUUUGUGUAUUGAUGUAAUGAAAGACAAAAUCCUUAUUGAGUAGUAUAUGUUUUCUCGUAAAGUAACGAUGUCGUUAACAAUUGCAUAAGACAU